AUGGAAAUGAUGGCGCUUGAUGAUCAAUCCUUUUCCAUCGUCGAAGACAGAGGUUUCGUUCGGGUAAUUCAUCAUCUGGAGCCCAGGUACAACAUUCCAAGCCGAUGCCACUUUUCUGAGUGCUUACCAGCCAAAUAUGAUGAGAUUGCUACACUCCUUCAUACUAUGAUCGACAACGAUGCACAGCACAUAAGUUUCACCACGGACAUAUGGACCUGUGAUACUCACCCUGUGAGCAUGCUGGACAAAGAUUUCAGACUAUACAGAGCAGUGUUACAUUCUCAGGAACUACCAGGCUCACACAAUGCUGACUGCAUACGUUGGCCUUUGUAG